AAUCGUAUUUUGGGGACAAAAGCUCUUGUAUAGAAAAUGGUAGCGCAUUGAAUCUCACGAGUUCUUCUGCGCGAGGCCUGAACAGCACAUGUGUAGGAAAAACACCCCUCUCUUCUAGUCGAUCGGUUUGCAGAAGCCAUACCCCUCUUAUGGGACUUUCAGUUACAUCCUCCUCUGCAGUGUCUGCUCAUAGUGUUGCAUCGGUUAUUGUAGCUGUAGUAGAAGGAAGAGGCCUUGCCAGAGGUGAAGUGGGAAUGGCCAGUAUUGACUUAAAAAAUCCUGAGGUGAUAUUAUCACAGUUUGCAGACAAUACAACUUAUGCCAAGGUUAUUACUAAACUGAAGAUUUUAACACCGCUAGAAAUAGUAAUGUCAAACACUGCUUGUGAUGCAGGGAACACAACAAAAUUGUUCAGUCUAAUAACAGAACAUUUCAAGAAUGUGACUUUUACAACUGUCCAAAGAAAAUACUUCAAUGAAACAAAGGGUUUGGAAUACAUAGAACAAUUGUGUGCAUCUGAAUUCAGCACCGUUUUCAUGGAGGUUCAGUCAAAGUACUACUGUCUUGCAGCUGCUGCAGCUUUGCUAAAAUAUGUUGAAUUUAUUCAAAAUUCAGUUUAUGCUCCUAAAUCACUCAAGGUGCGUUUCCAGGGGAGUGAGAAAACAGCUAUGAUAGAUUCAUCAUCAGCACAAAAUCUUGAACUAGUAAUUAAUAACAGAGAUUCUCGGAACGGUCACACACUUUUUGGUGUCCUAAAUUACACUAAAACUCCAGGUGGAAGUCGAAGACUUAGGUCCAAUAUCCUGGAGCCGCUAGUUGACGCCGAAACAAUUAACACAAGACUGGACUGUGUUCAGGAAUUGCUCCAGGACGAGGAGCUCUUUUUUGGUCUUCAAGCAGUUAUCUCAAAAUUCCUGGAUACAGAACAACUACUUUCAGUUUUGGUACAAAUUCCAAAGCAGGAUACAGUUAAAGCUGCUGAAUCAAAAAUAACUAAUUUAAUCUACCUGAAGCAUACUCUAGAACUUGUGGAGCCCCUAAAAGCUGCUCUAAGAAGCUGUAACACAUCUCUGCUAAAGGCUUAUUACAAUUCUCUUGAAGAUACAAGAUUUGGAAUCAUACUUGAAAAGAUUACAACUGUAAUUAAUGACGAUACAAGGUAUACAAAAGGAUGUCUGAGUAUGAGGACCCAGAAAUGCUACGCUGUUAAGCCUAACAUCAAUGAAUUCCUUGACAUAGCUCGUAGAACAUACACAGAAAUUGUUGAUGACAUAGCAG